AAAAAAAAAAAGUCCAAUACUCUGAAUUCACACUUGAAAUAAAGUCACUCCAAACAGAAGCCGACAGCACGCAGGAAAUUCGGAACCGACCAAACGACGAGGCACACCUGGACGUGACGCCAACGGCUGCGGGGAGCCGACGGGUCGACGCGAGGACGAGGACAGCCGGAAACAAAAACCCAACGGGUCAGACGUAUGGAAGAAGGGAAAUGAAACAGUUGGUCGUCCUUCUUGUCCCUCGGCAGAUGUUUUUGGGGGUAAUCGGGGCCAGACCCAACCGGAGCCGAGGGAACACUUGCGGUUCCGACGGCCCAAAUGAGCCACUCGAUGGGCUUGCGUGGUUCGAUGAUGCUGCAGAAUCUUUGAGCGGGCGCGACGGAACCGUCCAACGGUGAACUCGGAAAUUCUUCACCGGUGAGCCAAAGUUGUUGCAGUUCCUCCGCGCCUCCUCCAGAUCAAACGAGGAGUGGUCGGGGAUUCGGGAUGGGGCCAGCUGACUUUGGCCCAGCGCUGGGACGGAAGAGGAUGAGCGCGUUCCCGCGGCUGCGAUCCCCCCCGACGAGCUCAGCCGCCCGUCGGACGUGAGCGACCCCCCCCCACCCCCACCCCCCACCCCGCCCCCUCCGAUUCCCUCGCCGGAGGACCUUUGAACUGAGAGGUCGGGGUCCUCGGGGAGCCUUUUCCGCUUCUGCGAGGACCAAAAAGCAUUGACCGCCAUGAAGAAGACUUUUUACUACUUGGCCUUGCUGCUGCUGGGCCUUCACUCGCCGACGGCCGGCGGGCAGCUGGAGCCCAAAAACCGAAGCCCCCCCGACUCUCUGGCGGGAGUCGUGGAGCGGGACGCGCAGGGUCCGCUGAGGCCCAACAUCAGCGCGCCGCGGCGCCGGACGCCCCCCAUGUGCAGCGCGCCCACCGAGAUCCGCGACACCUUCAAAUACAUCAACACGGUGGUGUCCUGCCUGGUCUUCGUGGUGGGCAUCAUCGGCAACUCCACGCUGCUGCGGAUCAUCUAUAAGAACAAAUACAUGCGCAACGGGCCCAACAUCCUCAUCGGCAGCCUGGCGCUGGGAGACCUGCUCCACAUCGUCAUCGGCAUUCCCAUCAACGUUUACAAGCUCCUGGCGGAGGAUUGGCCCUUCGGGGUGGCCCUGUGCAAGCUGGUGCCGUUUGUCCAGAAGGCCUCCGUGGGGAUCACGGUGCUGAGUCUGUGUGCGCUCAGUAUUGACAGGUAUCGCGCCGUGACCUCGUGGAGCCGGAUCAAAGGGAUCGGCGUUCCCAAGUGGAUGGCCAUCGAAAUUGCGCUCAUCUGGAUUUUGUCCGUCACCCUGGCUGCGCCCGAGGCCGUCGCGUUCGACAUGAUCACCAUGGAGUACAAAGGAGAACGGCUGAGGAUCUGCUUGUUGCACCCCGUGCAGAAAACGGACUUCAUGAAGUUUUAUCAAUCGGUCAAGGACUGGUGGCUGUUCAGUGCUUAUUUCUGCCUGCCGUUGGCCUGCACGGCCAUUUUCUACACUCUGAUGACCUGCGAGAUGCUUCGGAAGAAGAACGGCGUCCGAAUCGCCCUCAGCGACCACCUCAAACAGCGGCGGGAGGUCGCAAAGACCGUCUUCUGUCUGGUUCUGGUCUUCGCUCUGUGCUGGCUGCCCCUCCACCUCAGCCGCAUCCUCAAACUCACCAUCUACGACGAGAAAGAUCCCAACCGCUGCGAACUGCUCAGUUUCUUUUUGGUCUUGGACUACAUCGGCAUCAACAUGGCGUCCGUCAACUCCUGCAUCAAUCCCAUCGCCCUCUACAUGGUCAGCAAGCGAUUCAAAAAUUGCUUCAGGUCCUGCCUGUGCUGCUGGUGCCUUCCGGCGGAAAUGCUGACGGCGGACGACAAGCAGUCGUGCGUCAAGCUGAAGGUGACGGAGCGCGCUUCCGACCAGAGCAACUCUCGCGUCACCAACAAGUCCACCAGCGCCUGAGCUGCCCCCGAAGACCGGGCCGCGAGAACCGCGGGGUUCGGACAGGCGGAGGAGGCCCGCGUCCGUCCGCGACGCGCCGCCGAGUCUUCCCGCUCGCAAUCGGACUCGUUCAACGACGGCAAAAUCGGGACCACUCGAAGCAAGAAAGUCGGCUGACGGAAUUUGAGGACGACGAGGACGACAAUGAGGAUGAGGAUGAGGAUGAGGAUGAGGAUGAGGAUGAGGCGUUGUGUAAGACCAACCGUGAAAAUACGGAAACGGAGAAAAACCUGCCGGUCGGCGAUUGAGCUCAAAGCGAAGGAACCGCAAGUACAAGAUGGCCGCAGGUACUCGACAUGUGCGCUCAAAGUGGACAAGGGGGAGCACUACCCGCAGAAGGUCUACUUGAGAGUUUGUGUAAAUACAUAUUUGUUCUCCCUUUGCGCAACAUAAAGUUACAUUUUUUUUUCUUUCCAACUACUGGUGUGCUUUUAAGCGUGUUAAGAACGUUCAGCUCUUUUAUUAUCCUGUUUGAUAUUAUUGAUCCUCAUCUUCAUAUUUGAGGUUUUGCUUUAUUUGUCUUGAGUGCAGCUGGCGAACGCUUCCCCAUUUCUUCCAUCUCAUAAUUGCUGUAAGUGGCUCAUUUUUCUGAUAUGACUUUUUUUGAAUUAUUGUCAGUUGGUCCUCCUCCUCCUCCUCCUCAUCACCAUCAUCAUCAUCAUCAUCAUCUUCCUCCACCCUCUCGAGCGAUAUUUGCCCGCGAUCAUUUUUAUUAUUAUUUUUUUUUUUUUUAAUGUUUUCUGGAGAUGCAAGUGACAUUUUUGGAUUCGUCGUCUCCUCGGACUUCUUUGAGCUUUUCCAGUUGCUGCGUUUCCAAACUGUCCCUCUUUGCCACGCAAACUGUUUUUGGGUUUGGCGCCAAACCACCGGAGAGGGCCCGGUGGCGCCGUCGCAAUACACCAGAGGGAUCUGUGAUCAGGCAGCCGUUUUACAUUCCGAAUACGUGAUUUCCGAGAUGUGAAUCAAUGUGUGUGAAUUUGUGAAAAUGUCACAAUCCUUAUCGAUUGUAUCAAAACGAAAGUGAUGUCAUGAUGAUGAAUUGAUGUACUUGUACCUUACAACAAAUCCCGCAAGAUGUA